GUUAUUACGCACAAACGCGUGAAGUUGUCGGUUGUCGGUGCCGAGUUGGAACUAUUUAUUGUCUUUGAGUAUACCAAAAAAGUAAAACCUUGAAAAUAUUUACCAAAAUGACUGGCGUCCUAACUCCUUCGGUCGAUUUAAGUUCUUACCGGGAUCAGCACUUUAAGGGCUCAAGAGCUGAACAAGACAGACUGUUGAGGAAUUCCUCGACUCUAUACGUGGGCAACCUCUCGUUUUAUACGACAGAAGAACAGAUCUAUGAAUUAUUUUCAAAAUGUGGAGAUAUCAGGCGCAUUAUAAUGGGAUUAGACAAAUAUAAAAAGACUCCUUGUGGUUUCUGCUUCGUUGAAUAUUAUAUUAGAGCUGAUGCAGAAAAUUGUAUGCGAUAUAUUAAUGGCACAAGGUUAGACGAUAGAAUUAUUAGAACGGAUUGGGAUGCUGGAUUUAUUGAAGGCAGGCAAUAUGGACGAGGCAAGACUGGUGGUCAGGUAAGAGACGAGUACAGAUCUGACUUCGAUAGCGGCAGAGGAGGCUAUGGAAAAAUUAUUCAGCAGAAAGUAACACCAAUCUCGGAUGGAUCUUUUGGUCGGUAAAACAUGAAUAUGUUUUAAUAAAUGAAGAUUAAAGAAUUUAUGAAAUUUAUACCGUAGGACACUUGCAAGAUGAACUUGACUUUGUCCCACUUACUAUCUGUCUCAGAGUCUGAUAAUAAUUAAUUUAUUUUUUCUACAAUUAUGGGUAAUGCAUACGAAUUUUCAGAGUACGUCUGUAUUAGAGUAAUAAAAUAAACGCGUUCUUUGUUCUGUUACAAUAAAAUACGGAUUUUUUUUUAUUUCAAUCUUCUGUUUAACAUGUAAUUGUUCAAGUCAGAUUUGAUCAUAACAGUAUUGAAAUAGAGUCGUUUUGUUGAAGUAAGACAAUCGUAGGCCAAAGUUACUAACUUACAUCUUGGUUUGAGAUACCUUUGUAAAGUAUUAACUUUAAAUGUAACUUACAAAAAAAUAAAAUCGAUGCACAUUAGAUAAAUAUUUUGCUCCAUUUUCUGUUACUUGUAUUAAAGACAUUCAUAAAUACUAUUUUAUUGAAGCACUUUAAAAUAUAAGAGAUGAUGUUACAUAUGAGUACCUCUAAUAUUAGCUUAGUUCACAAAUUUGAUUUCCAGUAUGUAAAGUUACGUAAAACGUGUUUAAAUGUAUAAAAUACUUUUUAAAUACUUCAAAUGUUUGUCAGUUUUUUAUAACAGCAUGUGUGUAGACAUGCAUCAAAAAUGUAAAUGUACUUAUAGAAGAAAGCUUGUGUUAUAUUAUUUAGCUCUCAUUGUCUAUGUUUAUGCUAUAUUCCAAAACAUUAGUGAUAUACCUUAUUUAAUUUUCAUUUCGUUAUAAACACAAUAUCAGUGUCGAGUAUGGGUAAAAGUAAUACAUUCGCUGUACAUUUUAUUAUGAACGCAAAUUUUUUUGAAGUGAAAUAAAAGAAAUCAAUAUACAAA